AUUUUAAAAUCCCCUAAAUUAAAAUGUUAAGAUUGGAUAUACUUACCAAAAUCCGUGUUUAAUUUUUUUCUUAACUUAGUGAUAAAAAAAUUUUUACAACUGAAAAAUUGAUAACAGAGCACGUUUGAUCACAUAUAACACAUAAAGUGCUAAAAUUAAUAUAUAUUUACAAGAAAAACUAGAUACACCCCAACAAUAACACAUUAAUCAUUUAAAGUCUAAGACUUAAAAAUAUUGCAUUUAUUUUCAAUUUAAUAUUGGCCGUCUGGAGGUCAUAAACAGUAAUGACAAGUAUAAAACUAUCUUUAUUGAUAUUGGAAAAUCGGGUUCGGCUAUUUAAAAUAAAACAAUGAAAUGGACAUUUCAGUUUAUAAAUAAAACAUCUUGCAUUUGAAUUCUGAUUAAAGUUAAAAAGUGAUAAAUGAAACUAACUCUACUAAGCAUCAGAUUUUAAAACUGUAAAAGUCGCUUUGAGUGUUUUGCACUCAUUCACCUGUAGAAUGAGUGAAAAGAAACACCAUAGGUAAAUAUAACGGUGAAUAUUUUAGCUACCGUUUUCUUUACGUCUUCAAAUGGCCGCGCCCACAGCAGGCGUGAAAAUAAGAAGAAAAACUAGUGGAACCCAUUUACGACAUUUCCACCCGGAAUCUUUUCUCAAGCACACACGUUACGAUGGCAACAUGUCCGAAUCUUAAAGGUCCUGACAACGCAGUAAACGACCCCGGUGCUGCUCCGUACGGAAACUUUAUAAACUAUUACAGCUUUAACCCUCCGGAAAACCGCUUGAGUCUGAUCCCAGCAACGCUCCUGCAGGAUUUGGGCUACAGGGACGGAGGGGACGAGCCCACGCUCAUCCUGGACGUGGGGUGCAACUCAGGGGACCUGAGUGUGGCCAUCUACAAGCAUCUUGUCCAGGAACCAGAGGAGAGCACAGUUCAGCUUCUGGGGUUUGACUUGGAUGAAACUCUUAUUGAGCGCGCAGAGCAGACCAACCCUCUCCACAGCAACAUCUCCUUCAUCCAGCUGGACAUCACUGAGGAAACCAACCAGCUGCAUGACUUCCUCAGCCAGCACAGCUGCUCCCACUUCCACCUGUGUCUGUGCCUGGCCGUCACCAUGUGGGUCCACCUGAACCACGGAGACUCGGGCCUGCUGCAGCUGCUGUCGCGCCUCGCCGCCAUCAGCACCCACCUCCUGCUGGAGGCUCAGCCCUGGAAGUGUUACCGCUCUGCAGCCCGCCGCCUCAGGAAGCUGGGCCGCUCGGACUUCGAUCACUUUAAGACCCUGAAGAUCCGCGGCGACGUUGCAGAACACGCCACGGCGCAUUUGGAGAGACACUGCGGCAUGGAGCUCAUGCGGAGCUUCGGCAGCACCGCAUGGGACCGGAAGCUGCUGCUUUUUAGACGCAGAUGAGUUUUAAGGAUUUUUUAUGACUUUUAAAACCCCAGUUCUUUGAGAUGUAAACAAACAAAACCAAGGUUAACAGUUUCCGCCUUAAACGCAACAAAUUCUAUGUAAUUUAACAGAAAAAAAAAACAAUCUUAUUGGGGAACAUUGAAAAAAUGUGGUAUAAGUGUACCAUGUCGUUUUAUGAUGGGAGUAAGCAAUGCAGAAUUACUCACUACAAUCAAGUGACUCUGACUGACUCCCAAUACGUUUUUUGUCACAUCUUCCAAAACCAUACACUGAUUUCAUUAUCAAGACAUAUCUGCCAGGGGAUAUAUAUAAAUAAUUUCAACGGUAUUACUUAAAAAUAGAACACAGUGAAGACGGUAAUAAAAAACAAUUAGAAAAUAUUUAUUUCAAAAAUACUUUGUUCAUCCCAACAGUAAAUUAAAUGUAACUAAUUUCAUUAAGGAGUUGUGGUUGGUGAUGCUGUGGGCAAGAAGGAUCUCCUUUAGCAGUCAGUCUUCUAAUAAAUAUGAAGAAACCAAAGACAAAAUUAAAUUCAUUAAUUUUUUAGAAUGCUAGAGAGAAACUAAAUGUUGGAACUCAUGAAAUUUACUUCAGAGUUGCUGCAGAUGCCGACAAAGAAUGUCCUGUAGAAAACAGUCUUACAGCGACUCUGAAGAAUCCUCAAUCGUGUAUAAUUUUCUAAACUUUAUGAAGUCACUAUAUUCCCCAAAACAGAACCAGCCUUCUUAUCCCAUUGUUUAGUCUUAAGAAAAAUAAAACCAAUCUAGAUGCUGUUCUGCAUAAAAGCAUAUCAAAUGAUCUACUUUUAUUAAUGACAAACAGUUAUUUUUCAUCAUUUUAAUUACAGAAUACUAAAAAUAACAUUACAUAAAAUGUCUUUUUAAAAGAAACCAUUGAAUAUUACAAAGGUUGUAAAUCUUGUAAAGUUAGGAUAUAAAAUCUUUGAACUGUGGUGUAUAAUUGAAAAAGAAAAAUAAAUUUCAUAAAAUGUAUAUAUUAACUGUUCUACUACAUUAAAAAAAGAUGAGAUGGGGACACAAAAUGCAGACAGACGAGAUGAGUGGACACCGCCAUUACUGCGGUGAGCUCUCCUUUCAAAGGAAGCAAGGACCAGAGAUGCACAGCACAAACCACAACCGGCUCUAGUUCUCCAAUUAAGCUCAUUCAAGGGAAAAAAGGAAAGGGGAAACAAUUUACAACACAACUGAGCUUGAAAGACGGCAAAAAAAAAAAAAGUGACUUGGUGACUGCUCCCAUUAUUCACACACAUCUCGACUAAACUGGCCUUGGUUCCAUUAAAAUACUUUUUUUUUUCUGUCCUCGAAAGGUUCACACUGUACAGAAA